GAGAACACGAAAGCUGCGGACGUGGCCACACGAAACGAUUUCUCUGUCCGAGAGAGAGAGAGAGAGAGAGAGAGAGAGAGAGAGCAUCCCAGUUUUACAAGGGGGAGCGCCAUUAAAAGCUCCACGCAAAGCAUGCAAGUCUCAACACAUGGACGCAACCCGCCACGGCCACCUUCCUUGCAUGCCCGCCACGCAACAUUGGCCUCAACUCGGUGCCCCUCUUCUCUCUCUCUCCCCCCCAGUUCGCUUGAUAAGUCCUUCGUGGGUGGCAGUUUCGCUUGCUCUGCUUUCAUCACCACGAGAGUGAUAAGAGGAGAGAGAUGGCUGCGACGACCGCGGUGAUCCCGUCGGAGAACGACGCGCUGGCCACGGAGGCGCCUUUCGCGCCGGUGACCUACGAGAGGAGGGUCCGGGCUGACUUGGAGAGGACGCUUCCGAAGCCCUAUCUGCCCAGGGCAUUGAAUGCUCCUGAUACUGAUCAUCCUUAUGGAACACCAGGCCAUAGGAGUAAUAAUCUCAGUGUUCUUCAACAGCAUUGUGCCUUCUUCGACCAGGAUGACAAUGGAAUUAUCUAUCCUUGGGAGACUUACAUUGGUUUACGUGCGAUAGGUUUCAACACAAUAGCCUCUCUGAUCAUGGCAAUCGGUAUUAAUGUGGCACUAAGUUAUCCAACCCUACCUGGUUGGUUUCCUUCUCCCUUCUUCCCCAUUUACAUAGACAACAUACACAAAGACAAGCACGGAAGUGACAGUGGAACAUAUGACACAGAAGGAAGGUAUAUACCAGCAAAUCUUGAGAACAUGUUCAGCAAAUACGCCUGUACUGUACCCGACAAGAUGACCCUCGGAGAACUUUGGGACAUGACUGAAGGGAAUCGACAUGCAUUCGAUCCCUUUGGCUGGAUUGCCAGCAAGCUUGAAUGGGGAGUUCUGUAUAUCCUGGCGAGGGACGAGGACGGCAUGCUGUCGAAAGAGGCUGUGAGGCGCUGCUACGAUGGGAGUUUAUUUGACUAUUGCGCCAAGAUGCAAAUGGGCGCUGAAGGAAAGAUGGGCUAAACUAGAAGCCGAGUGUAGUCCGUCACUUCUUGUGUAAUGAGCAGUGAACAUGACCGUGUGUGUGGAGAAGAAAACCACUUUAGUUCCAGAAAGAAUAGUGUGGAGUCCCCUUUUGCUUAAUAUGAGUUGAACUUACUUUGUUUGCUUAAAU